GGCGCCGCGGAGGCGGCAGGCUGACGUGGACCGUUCGGGUUUGCGGGCUCGGCGAGCUGCGGGAUUUGGGGGGCGAAGGGCCGGGCCGGGCCUUCGGGCCCUUGGCGGCGGCGGCGGUAUAAAGCCGGCGACGGGGAGCAUGUAAUGUCGGAAUGCGGAGGCCGCGGCGGCGGCGGCGGCAGCAGCGGCAGCGACGACGUCGAGGACGAGGGUGGCGGUGGCGGCGGCCCCGCGGGCUCCGGCUCGCUCAGCCCGGCCCCGGCCGCGUCCUCGGAGGGCCGGCUUCGCCGCGGGCUGCGCGGCGCCUCCCUCAUGGCGCGCCGGCGGCCCGAGCUGCUCUGCGGAGCCGUGGCGCUCGGCUGCGCGCUCCUCCUCGCCCUCAAGUUCACCUGCAGUCGAGCAAAAGAUGUGAUAAUUCCAGCAAAGCCACCUGUCAGCUUUUUCUCCUCGAGGUCUCCGGUUCUUGACCUCUUCCAGGGUCAGCUGGACUACGCAGAGCACAUUCGCCCAGGAUUCAGAGGUGGUGCGUGCUGUUCUUCUUACGCCCCAUGGUGUGGACAGUCCAUCGCCGCCAGGGCAGAAAUUGAACAAGCAGCGAGUCAGCUUUCAGACCAGGUGUUGUUUGUUGCAAUUAACUGUUGGUGGAAUCAGGGGAAAUGCAGAAAACAGAAACACUUCUUUUAUUUUCCUGUAAUAUAUCUGUAUCAUCGGAGUUUUGGACCAAUCGAAUACAAAGGCCCCAUGAGUGCUGUUUACAUUGAGAAGUUUGUCCGCCGGGUGAUGAAACCACUUCUCUACAUCCCAUCUCAAUCAGAAUUACUAGAUUUUCUCUCAAGCUACGAGCCUGGAGUACUCGGGUACUUUGAGUUCAGUGGCUCACCCCAGCCUCCCGGUUAUUUGACCUUCUUUACUUCAGCAUUACAUUCAUUAAAGAAAGAUUACCUAGGAACAGUACGAUUUGGGGUUAUCACAAAUAAACAUCUUGCGAAACUGGUAUCCUUAGUACACUCUGGAAGUGUGUAUUUACAUAGACAUUUCAACACAUCACUUGUCUUUCCCAGGGAGGUCAUCAACUACACAGCUGAGAACAUCUAUAAGUGGGCCUUAGAAAACCGAGAGAUGCUCCUUCGAUGGCUGUGGCCACACGGCGGCAAGAGUCUCCUGCUGAACAAUGAACUGAAGAAAGGACCAGCACUUUUUGUAUUCGUACCUUUUAAUCCCUUAGCUGAAAGUCAUCCUUUAAUAGAUGAGAUCACCGCAGUGGCCUUGGAGUACAACAACUGUCACAGGGACCAGGUGGUGGAGCGGCUCCUUCAGCACCUGCAGCGAGCGGAUGCCCCGGUGUUCAAGUCUCUGGCACCUGAGCCUCCGGCCCCGCUGCCAUCCCCCUGCUGCAACACCGUGGUGCUGCCCCAGUGGCACUCCAUCUCCAGGACCCACAACGUGUGUGAACUGUGUGUCAACCAGACCGCCGGCGGCCUGAGGCCGAGCUCGGUCAGCAUGCCCCAGUGCAGCUUUUUUGAGAUGGCAGCAGCUCUGGAUUCUUUCUACCUCAAGGAGCAGACCUUUUAUCAUGUGGCAUCAGACAGCAGAGAAUGCAGCAAUUUUCUAAGUUUCUAUAGCCCUUUCAGCUACUACACUGCAUGUUGCAGGACCAUAAACAGGGGCAUGAUGGGCUUCAUUGAUUCCGAGCAAGAUGUCUUUGAAACCCCAACCAUUGCAUUUUCUUCCCUUGAGAAGAAAUGUGAGGUUGAUAGCCCAAGCUCCAUUCCUCACAUUGAGGAGAACGGGUAUCUCUUUCCUGAACUGGACCUGAAUAGCACACGCUUCACAGGCCUGAGCUGCAGAACCAACAAGACCCUAAACAUCUACCUUUUGGAUUCCAAUUUAUUUUGGUUAUAUGCGGAGAGGCUGGGUGCUCCGAGCACUGCUCUGGUGAAAGAAUUUGCUGCAAUUGUUGAUGUGAAAGAAGAGUCUCACUAUAUCUUGGAUCCAAAACAAGCUCUUAUGAAGUUCACCCUAGAGUCGUUCAUUCAAAACUUCAGCGUUCUCUACAGUCCCUUGAAAAGGCAUCUUAUCGGAAGUGACUCCGCCCAGUUCCCUUCUCAACGUUUAAUCACUGAAGUGACAACCGAUACCUUUUGGGAAGUGGUCCUUCAAAAGCAGGAUGUGCUGCUGCUUUAUUACGCACAGUGGUGCGGCUUCUGUCCAGCCCUCAACCACGUCUUUAUCCAGCUGGCUCGGCUCCUGCCCGCGGAUGCAUUCACUGUGGCGAGGAUUGACGUAUCUCAGAAUGAUCUUCCUUGGGAGUUUAUGGUUGACCGUCUUCCUACUGUCUUAUUUUUUCCCUGUAACAGAAAGGACCUAAGUGUGAAAUACCCCGAAGACCUUCCCAUCACCCUUCCAAAUCUUCUGAGGUUCAUUUUGCAUCACUCAGACCCUGCUUCCACCCCCCAGAACUUGGCUAACCCUCCUACCAAAGAGUGUCUUCAGAGCGAGGCUGCCCUGCAGCAGGGGCACAUCUCCCACCUGGAGAGAGAGAUCCAGAAGCUGAGGGCGGAGAUCAGCGCCCUGCAGCAGGCACAGGGGCAGGUGGAGGCCCAGCUCUCGAGCGCACGCAGGGAUGAGCACCGGCUGCUGCGGCAGCAGCACACGCUGGAGAGGCAGCACAGCCUGCUCCGGCUGCACAGCGAGCAGCUGCAGGCCCUGUACGAGCAGAAGACCCGGGAGCUCGAGGACUUGGCCCGCAAGCUCCAGGAGCUGGCCGACGCCUCGGAGAACCUCCUCACCGAGAACACGUGGCUCAAGAUCCUGGUGGCCACCAUGGAGCGGAAACUGGAGGGCAGGGAUGGGGCCGAAGACCGCGCUGCCCCCAAAGAGGCACACUCGGAGCACCCCGAGCCCUCGGGCACUCCCCGACUGCCAGCCAGCACCCCUCCGCCUUCCAACAUCAGCUCCACGCUGGCCUCCGAAAGGAGCACCAAGAACAGGACAGACUAACUUUGAAAAUGACAUGAAGAAAUCAGAGGUGAAAACUGUACAUUGGGAAUAUAUUUAUGCAAAUUUUAUUGAAAUUUAUUGUAAAUAAAGAUUUUCUCAGUGGUCUAGAAAA